AUGUCCUCUCAAUCAGGUAUUUCAGCAGAGCAAGAGUUGAUAGAUUUUCUUCAUCAUCCUUCCCAGGGGUCUCAAGGGCUAAGAAUCGUCACUGCUGGAAUUUCUAAUGAUUUCACUACUGUACAAUUAAAGGGGGGAUAUGAUUCGUUAUCACAGUUGGAAUCAAGUUUAAACAAUGAACCACUUUACGUUUUUAUUAAAGAUUUACAAAAGAAUCCAAAUCAAUAUGUCUUUGUCUCUUACGUUCCAGACUCUUCACCCGUUAGAUUAAAGAUGCUGUACGCAUCUACAAAGAACACAUUAGUUCGACAAAUUGGUGGUAAUUCAAUUGGUAAACAGACAUUACUCACAGAUCCAACAGAUUUCCAAGACGUGCUCAAGUCCAACGAUGUUGAUUCUCAACAGGGGGCCGCUGUGCUUACUGAAUCUGAAAGAGCAGAAAUAGAAAUCUCUCAACAACAACAAAGGAUGAAGCUAGGCAAUCGUAAAUUGGUUUCACAAACUGAUGGGGCUCCGACUUCGUUAAUGUUCGAUGUCAAAUCUGGCGAUUCUACUAUCAGUGAACUUUUACAGUCGUUUAAUGUAAUUUACUGUAAGAUUGAUCUGGACACUGAACAAAUUCAAGUAGUGGACAAAUCUAACAUUAGUGGGCCAAAUCAAUUGCAAAUACUUCCCGAACACCCAAGUUAUACGCUUUACAGAAAUGGAUCUUUGGAUUAUUUCAUCUACAGUUGUCCUUCUGGUAGUAAAGUUAAGGAACGUAUGGUUUACGCUUCAAACAGAUUGGGGUUCAUUAACCAUUUAAAAGAUCAAGAUAAGCUAGAAUUUGCAAGAAUUAUUGAAAUUGGUGACCCCGAAGACUUGGAGUUAUCACUAAUAUCUAAUUCUUCGCAAGAACAGCAGAAGCAAGAAGAAGCCGAAGAGGCUGCCGCUCGUGCUUCAUCAUCUCGUAAGUUCAACAAACCAAAGGGUCCAGGUAGAAGAAGAUAA